UUCGCGUUGUUUGUUCACGUCUUUCACCUUGAUUGCGAAAAUUUAAUUUUCGUGCGCACGUACUGUCGUGACCAACGAGAUAUUAUCCGGUGGGCCUUGUUACACGUAGAUGGCUGUGAAAAUGAAUGAAGUUAAAAACUGGCUAGGGUAACGAUCGGAACCACAUUCAAACUGACGGCAACAAGAAGAGUUACUGCAGGCAGUGUCCGGCGAGACGCAAUGCCAGGAAUCAAAGAAGAACGAGAAGAUAGCGAUGGCGAUGAAAUGGAGCACGAGUCUGGUGAGAGUGACAAAUCAACCUCCAGCUGUGAUAGCAGCGAUGCUCCUUCCGACUCCGAUGACAGUUCAGAAAUGGACGAAGAGGAAUGCGAGAGGCGUCGCACAGAAUGUAUGGAGAAUCUUGUUGAUCUGGAAAGACAAUUUACUUUACUGAGAGAGCAGCUGUACCGUGAACGCAUCACGCAAGUGGACACGAAGUUGGGGGAAGUGCGUUCGGGCCGUGCGCAAGAAUAUCUUCAGCCUCUGGAGGAGCUACAGGAAAAUAUGCGUGUACGUACAGAGGUGGCCGGAGUUCUCCGCGAGCUUCGGCUGCAGAACAUUCGCAACAAUUCACCUAUAUGUGCAGCUUUCCAUGAACGAUUUAUCAAUCUUGUCAAA